AUGGAGGGCGUGAGUGGGAAAGUCGCGCGGUGCGCUCCAUACCAGCCCAGCAUGCAGGUGGAUCAUGAUGGGCAAUACGAAGACGUUGAGGUUUCUCGCGGUGGUAAGUCUCCUCGAACUGGAGGCACGCCACACCGUAGUCCCAAGAUCCACGCUGUCAAAUAUGCUAGAAAACACCCUGAGGGUGCAGACAUUUCACUGCUGGAACUUCCCCCAAACGCAAUCGACCACGUCGUGACAGACACAACUGCGGCUACUCACAGCACCAUCGUCAAUAGCAGUUCGCCCGUGAAGCCAGGGUGUCACGGCCACGAUCACGAUUGCAAGAAGGAUAAUAACGGAGACAAGAGCUCGUGGACCACGCACAAUCCUCUUGCUAGGGCAUACUCCUCCGAGCAACAUGCGGCGGUUCCCAAGUUCAAGGCCGCCACCAGUAUGGGCGGCCACCUCAAACCCGAGUACAACUCGCUUUGCACUAAGUGCAUGCCUGAUGAGGAUAAGAUCACUCGGGGUUUCAAGGGGCUGCUGAUUCAGACCCCAAUUUUCAAGUACGUCAAGGACCCGAAGCCUCCGGGCAAGGAAUCACUGCCCACAUUCGACCGGUCGUUCCUCAUCCACGAAACCGCACUUGUGGACGGCAAGAGCAUCACCGACGUGUAUGACUUGCACAGCAGCCGCCUCGGAAAGGGCAGCUACGGCCAGGUGCUGAAGGCCUGCCACAAGGAGACCGGCGAGGUGAAGGCCGUCAAGGUCAUCCGGAAGGCCCAAAUCGAAAACGCCAUGCGCAUGAAACGUGAGAUCACCAUCAUGAAGACAUUGGACCACCCGAAUAUCGUUAAGCUCCUGGAGAUUUACGAGGACGAGGAGUGCCUCUACCUGGUCAUGGAGAUGUGCGGAGGGGGCGAGUUGUUCGACGAGAUCGUCAGGCGCGGCUGCUUCAGUGAGCAGUACGCCGCCACCAUGAUGCGGCAGAUUUUCUCCGCUAUCGCUUAUUGCCACGGUAAAGGCAUCAUCCAUCGCGACCUCAAGCCGGAGAACAUCCUGUACGCCAACAUGAGCGACAACUCGCCCAUCAAGGUCAUUGACUGGGGCUUUGCUACAAAGUGCUGCAAGGCACACAAAUUCACCAGCCUCGUCGGCACGCCGUACUACGUCGCGCCAGAGGUGCUAAUCGGCAACUACGACAAGAGCUGCGACGUGUGGAGCGCCGGCGUGAUCAUGUUCAUCAUGCUGGUGGGCUAUCCGCCCUUCCACGGCAAUGACAACGCCACCAUUCUCAACAACGUUAAGCGCGGCGUCAUCAACUUCGUCCCGCACCACUGGAAGAAGAUCUCCAAGGGUGCCAUCGACCUUAUCACGCGGUGCCUCUCCUACGACCCCAGGUACAGGCUCACGGCCAAGGCCGCGUUCAACCACGAGUGGAUCCUUAACAACGCCACCAGCAUCCACGUCAACCCUGUGCUCAGGCACUCGCUCACGAAGGACCUCGUGAAGCGCUUCCAGAAGUUCGACAACUACAGCACCAUGAAGCAGCUGGCGCUCACCUGUAUCGCCCACCAUCUGUCAGACGGUGACAUCGGCUCUCUGAACACCGUGUUCAACGUGCUGAACAAUGCCGGCGACGGUGUGCUGUAUGUCAGGGACAUUGUCAACGGCCUUCAGAGUGACAAGGUGAAGGGUCAGUACGACCCCGCCAUGCAGAGGCUGGUGGAGAAGCUGGACACUAACGGCAGCGGCGCAAUCGACUACGUCGAGUUCCUGGCCGCAUCCAUCGACGAGGAGGUUUACAUGCAGAAGGACUUCUGCAAGAAGGCGUUCAAGGUCUUCGACCUCGAGGACCGCGGCGUGAUUACACGGGAGAACAUGCGCCGCGUCUUCCAGUGCGACAUCAAGGGGUGCGACUUCUCCGACGACUUUGUCGAGGAGAUCUUCAACGAGGUCGACCUUGACCGCGACGGGGUGAUCAAUUACACGGACUUCUGUACCAUGUUGUACGGGCUAUCACGCCCGGGGGAGGCUGCUACACUAUAA